GCUUUUCGAGGUCUUGAUAAACCUGACGUUCCCUCCGUCGAUCUGAUCGUCCCCUCCUCUCUUGUCUCUUCGUCACGGGUCCAAGGGAGACGGGUCGACAGUAUCGCCAACAACCUCACAAAGGAGCUGACCAGAGGACCAGCACCCGCCAAGCUCGACAAGAUGGGUAUCUUUGCCUUCAACAAGCAGAAGCCCAACGCUGAAGCGACCGCGGUCGCUCAGGAGGAGGCCCCCCAGUUCGAGAGGGUCGAUUGGAAGAGAGAUCCCGGCCUCAGGAAGCUUUAUUUUUACGCCUUCGUCCUGUGUAUCGCGUCGGCAACCACUGGUUACGAUGGCAUGUUCUUCAAUUCCGUCCAGAACUUUGAGACAUGGGAGAACUACUUCAACCACCCGACGGGCUCCAAGCUCGGUGUUCUCGGCGCUCUCUACCAAAUCGGUAGCUUGGCUUCCAUUCCUCUCGUACCCAUCAUUGCCGACCGCGUCGGUCGUAAGAUCCCCAUCGCCAUCGGAUGCGUUAUCAUGAUCGUCGGUGCCGUUCUUCAGGCUGCUUGCCGCAACCUGGGCACUUUCAUGGGCGGCCGUUUCCUGCUUGGUUUCGGCAACUCGCUCGCGCAGCUCUGCUCUCCCAUGCUUCUCACCGAGCUGGCUCACCCUCAGCACCGUGGGCGUCUCACCACCGUCUACAACUGCCUGUGGAACGUCGGUGCCCUGGUCGUCGCCUGGGUCUCCUUCGGCACCGAUUACCUCAAGAGCGACUGGUCCUGGCGUAUUCCCGCCCUCAUCCAGGCCUUCCCCUCGGUGAUCCAGCUCCUCUUCAUCUUCUGGGUGCCGGAAUCGCCUCGUUACCUGAUGGCCAAGGAUAAGCACGAGCGGGCCCUGGCCAUUCUCGCCAAGUACCACGCCAACGGCGACGCCAACCAUCCCACCGUCCAGUUCGAGUACCGCGAGAUCAAGGAGACCCUCCGCCUCGAGUUCGAGGCCUCCAAGUCGAGCAGCUACCUGGACUUCGUGCGCACCAGGGGCAACCGCUACCGUCUGGCCGUCCUCAUCUCUCUCGGUAUCUUCUCCCAGUGGUCUGGUAACGCGAUUAUCUCCAACUACUCGAGCAAGCUGUACGACACGGCCGGCGUCACGGGCUCGACCCAGAAGCUGGGUCUCUCUGCUGGCCAGACCGGCCUCUCCCUCAUCAUCUCGGUCACCAUGGCCCUGCUUGUCGACAAGUUCGGCCGUCGCCCCAUGUUCCUGACCUCCACGGCCGGCAUGUUCUGCACCUUCAUCUUCUGGACCCUCACGUCCGGCCUCUACGAAGAGCACAACGCGGAUGGCGCCCGCUACGCCAUGAUCCUCUUCAUCUGGAUUCACGGCAUCUUCUACUCGAUCUCCUGGUCCGGUCUGCUCGUCGGCUACGCCAUUGAGGUUCUGCCGUACAAGCUGCGUGCCAAGGGUCUCAUGAUCAUGAACCUGACCGUCCAGGCCGCCCUCACCCUCAACACCUACGCCAACCCGGUUGCCUUUGACGCAUUCGAGGGCCACAGCUGGAAGUUGUACAUUAUCUACACGAUCUGGAUCUUCCUCGAGCUGUGCUUCGUUUGGAAGAUGUACAUCGAGACCAAGGGUCCCACCCUCGAGGAGCUUGCCAAGAUCAUCGAUGGCGACGAGGCCGCCGUGGCUCACGUCGAUAUCAAGCAGGUCGAGAAGGAGACGCACAUCAACGAGGAGAAGUCCGUUUAGAACAACAACAACAACAAAAAUCGGCUGGUCUCUCCUGUUGUCCGUGAUUUGUCUCGUUUUCCCUGUCUGCGGACGUGGUUUGGGUCGUGCGUUCUUGGCUAGCCUCGCGGGUCGUGCGGACGUUGUUUGGUAGAAUAUUCCCCCCUUGUCACUGUCUUUUUGUUUUAAUCAACUGUACCAUUCAACCCAAACCAAAGACCAACGUUCCCCCGAC